AUGACAGCGUUUCAAGCCAUCAUCCAACAUGUUGAAAAGCUGAAAAAGUCUGGCUAUGCCCAUGAUGAUGUGGUGUUUCAUCAGCUUGAUGUGGCAGACCCUGCAAGUAUCAGCCGUCUAGCAGAUUUCAUCACAAAUCAAUUUGGGAAGCUUGAUAUUUUGGUGAACAAUGCAGGGGUUGGCGGUGUAGUCCUAUCGGGUGAUGUUGACGUUGCUACUUUAUCAGGUCUUCUCAAGGCAGGUCCAUCAAUCAAAUGGAAUGAAAUAUCAACUCAAUCUUAUGAGUUAGCUGAUGAAUGUGUUAGAAUAAAUUACAACGGCGCCAAAAGAAUGUGUGAGGCGCUUAUUCCCCUCCUCCAGUUAUCUAAUUCCCCAAGAAUUGUCAACGUUUCAUCCUCCAUGGGAAAGUUACAGUUGGUGACAAAUGAAUGGGCCAAGAGAGUAAUAGGAGAUGUGGAGAGUCUUACAGAAGAGAAGGUGGAUGAUGUAUUGAGAGAGUAUCUAAAAGAUUACAAAGAGGGUUUGCUAGAAACCAAAGUGUGGCCUGGUUUUUUGUCUGCUUAUAUUUUAUCAAAAGCAGCUAUCAGUGCUUGCACAAGGAUCUUGGCCAGAAAGUACCCGAGUUUCUGCAUUAACUGCGUUUGCCCUGGUUUUGUCAAGACAGACAUAAACCACAAAACAGAUAUAUUAAGUGUUGAAGAAGGUGCCGAAAUUUGUGUGAGGUUAGCUUUGCUGCCCAAUGGGGGUCCUUCUGGUCUGUUCUUUUCACGGAAAGAAGAGACCUCUUUUUGA